AGAAUGCUUCUUUUUAAGAUCAUUUUGAUCCUCAGAUAAGACAGCUUGGAAAAUUCCCAAGAUUAACAUUGGCGAUAGCUGCAUUGACAGAGCCGGAGAGCCCAAAACGCACGCAGCCCCGCGCGUCGCUCUACCAGGAAGCCCGCGCCUCAGUGACGUUCAUUAUCCAUCAGGUCUCGCAGGGAUCUUUGUUUUACAUCGCUUCCCAAUUUGCAUUCGUUUCUCACGUUUUCCAUACGACGCCCGAAAAGCACCGCGCAAAGGCGCACUACCUCCGCGAGCGCGCGUUGCCUUUCAGAAUUCCAGAAAUCCUGGAAUAAUUCGGGCGGGCACGCGCUGUACGAGGGAAAAUUACAUGCGUUCGCCCCUCGUUUCGCACACGCACUCGCGGAGACACGUGCGAUAGAGGUAAACAGCCGCCCGCGUCGUGAAGGAUUCGCUCGACAGUCGCGCAAUUUUCACAUCGAUUUCAGAGGAGAUACAGUAGCUGCUGUUUGCGCCUCGGGUUAGUUCAUACAGCAUGUCUGAUGUAUUGCCGUAUAACGAGGAAAAAAUGACUCAUUAUGGAAACGACGGGGACGAGGAACACCUUUCCUUCACCUGCCGCCUCCAAGAUACCAACAACUUUUUCGGUGGCAACCCGAAUAAACGGCCACCAAAGCUCGGCCAAAUCGGGAGAAGCAAAAGAGUUGACGAAGACAACGAUGGCGAAGGCUCGGACAAGAACACAGAGAAAUCGUCCUCGUCUGCGUGAAUCGGACCAAAGACACUUAACCUCUCAUGUGUAUAUCCAAAGACGUUUUGAAGAGGCACUCUCUCCCAUCUGGCAACAAGCACUCCACACAUUCUCUUUUCGAUCUCCCUAACUCCAUUGUCCAGGGUUUACAGACUGACAGUACAGUGGACUGAAGCAGCGGUGCGGAAGAGUGGCCCAGGGGCUCGAAGGAAUACUGUGUUUUCCAAACUAUUCCGAGAUAUGUGCAAUGACAGAGUUCGGUCUCAUUAAAGAGACCGCGCUUCUCUUUUUUUUUGGCUAUAAUGAAGCAAUUAGAAUGACUGAGCAGAGGAUACCAUUAACAUCUGACCAGUGUCUUCCCCCGGUGCACGGUUAACCGAGUAGCCUACUGGUGGUGUUUAUGGUAUACAAGCGAUGUCGACCUUUCUUCCAGAGUGGACCUUCAAAGGGGUUUCACUAUGUAUGUAAAAAAAGCUAUUUAUUAAUCUUUGGAUACAUAUUUUGCAGUGUUGAAGGUUGAGCAAACGUUUUAUAUAGAAUGAUGACGAGAAGUGUUUUCGGUUUUAAUGUUUUGUAUGUAGCUUAACUGUGACUCUCGUGAUCUGCUUUAUGGUAAUUUCACUUCAUUCGUUUCGAUGUUCCGUCGAAUCUGGAAUGUCAGUUUUAACGACAGUACCCUUACAGUUGCAUUAUUAUUGUAAAACAUAUUUACUGUAGAUGUGCCAAAUGAACCUGACAGAAAUGGACGUUAAUGCGCUUUCUUCACGUGCAGUUUUAUGAAUAUUUGGUGGUCAUGUUUACAGGGCUCUUUCAUACUUGUGAUGUAUUUUAGUCAUGCAUGGCGAACCUCAAGACCUCAAGAACAUCUUCUUGAUUACCGUAUUUAUCUGGCAGAGCAUUUCUACAGAAUAUAUGUUAUAAUAAAGAUUUUGAGAAACAUUAAAGGAGGAGCCGUUUUUUGUGCUGACUGAA